CCCGGCGGAGCGGCGGGACCCCGGGAGCCCGCGGGCACGGCCGGGCGGCUCCGAUCCCGGGCGGCUCCGAUCCCGGCGGGCACCGGCACCGAGCGCUGCGCCCCCCCCGGCCGGGGCAGAACCGGCACCGAGCGGCCCUUCCCGCCCUCACCGGGCGCUCAGCGGGCCGGAGCGCAGCGGACCGAGCCUUCCCGGCCGCCGCCGAGCCCUGCCCGGCCAGCCCGACCUUGUCCAGGCCGGAGCGGAGCCCCGGGCGCCGCCGAGCCCUGCCCGGUGCCGGUACCGGAGCCGCCAUGGCGGCGCCGCUCGCCCCCGCCGGGUUCCAGUUCGCCAUCGACCGCGGCGGGACCUUCACGGACGUGUUCGCCCGCUGCCCCGGCGGCCGCGUCCGCGUCCUCAAGCUGCUCUCCGAGGACCCCGCGUACCGGGACGCGCCCACCGAGGGCAUCCGCCGCGUCCUGCAGGAGGAGCUGGGGGUGCCGCUGCCCCGGGAGCAGCCGCUGGACGGCUCCGGGAUCCAGUGGAUCCGCAUGGGCACCACGGUGGCCACCAACGCGCUGCUGCAGCGCCGCGGGGAGCGCGCCGCGCUGGCCGUGACCCGCGGCUUCCGGCACCUGCUGCACAUCGGCACGCAGGCCCGGCCCCGCCUCUUCGACCUGGAGGUGGCCAUGCCCGACGUGCUCUACGAGGAGGUCAUCGAGGUGGACGAGCGGCUGGUCCCGGAGCAGCCCGACUGUCACCUGCCGGGCAGUGACACCUGGCCCCGGGUGCAAGGUGUCUCGGGGGUGACCCUGCUGGUGCAGCGGCCGCUGGACGUGGCGCGGCUGCGCCGGGACCUGGAGCGGGUCCUGGCCCGCGGCAUCCGGAGCCUGGCGGUGCUGCUGCUGCACAGCUACGCGUGGCCCGGGCACGAGCAGCAGGUGGGCGCGCUGGCGCUGGAGCUGGGCUUCGCGCAGGUGUCGCUGUCGGCGGCCGUGGCGGGCAUGGCGCGCGCGGUGCCGCGGGGGCUCACGGCCUGCGCCGACGCCUACCUGAGCCCAGGUGUGCGGCGCUACCUGCGCCACUUCUGCCGCGGCUUCCGCCACGGCCUCUCGGGGGUGCAGGUGCUGUUCAUGCGCUCCGACGGGGGGCUCACGCCCAUGGCCACCUUCGGGGGGGCCCGGGCCAUCCUGUCGGGCCCGGCCGCGGGGGUCGUGGGCUACGCCCGGACCACCUUCGACCCCCGGGACGGGACCCCCGUGAUCGGCUUCGACAUGGGAGGCACCUCGACCGACGUGAGCCGCUACGCGGGCGAGUUCGAGCAACGUGUUCGAGGGCCACCACGGCCGGGGGUCGCCAUCCAGGCCCCCCAGCUGGACAUCAACACCGUGGCGGCCGGGGGGGGCUCCCGCCUCUUCUUCCGGUCCGGUCUCUACGUGGUCGGUCCCGAGUCCGCGGGCGCCCACCCGGGCCCCGCCUGUUACCGCAAGGGUGAGCGGUCCCUGACUGUCACCGACGCCAACCUGGUGCUGGGCCGGCUGCUCCCCGAGUACUUCCCGCGGAUCUUCGGCCCCACCGAGGACCAGCCCCUGUGUCGCGACACGGCCGUGGCGGCGUUCCGCGAGCUGGCCGCCACCAUCCGCGCCUUCCAGAGCGCCGCGGGCGACACCGGCGACACCGGGGACACCGGCGACACCGGCGACACCGGCGGCACCGGCGGCGCCGAGGCGCUCUCGGUGGAGGAGGUGGCCCUGGGCUUCAUCCGGGUGGCCAACGAGGCCAUGUGCCGGCCCAUCCGCGCCCUCACGCAGGCGCGGGGACACGACGCGGCGCGGCACGUGCUGGCGUGUUUCGGGGGGGCCGGGGGCCAGCACGCGUGUGCCAUCGCCCGCACGCUGGGCAUGGCCAAGGUCUUCAUCCACAAGCACAGCGGGCUGCUGUCGGCGCUGGGGCUGGCGCUGGCGGACGCGGUGCAGGAGGAGCAGGAGCCGUGCGCGCUCCCGUACGGCCCCGCCGCCUUCCCGCGGCUCGAGGAGCGGCUCCGCGAGCUCGAGCGGCGCUGCCGGGACGCGCUGCGGGCCCAGGGCUUCGCCCCGGAGCAGAUCCGCACGGAGCCGUUCCUGCACCUGCGCUACGAGGGCACCGACUGCGCCUCAUGGUGUCGGCCCGCGGGGCACCCCGCGCACCCCGGCUCCUGCGCCGCCGGCGACUUCCUGGCCGCCUUCACCGCCCUGUACCGGCAGGAGUUCGGUUUCACCAUCCCGG